AGUAGGUUAGAUUGACGUCGCGUUAAUCGUUCACGGAUGCUCUGGAUGCCAUUGUGUCAUUAAUGAAAUAGAAUAAUUUGUAGCUGUGAUUAACUUUCGAGACGACUUAUUAAGGAUUUAGGUAAAAUUAAGAUAUUGCUGGAAUGAUGGACAUUGAUCCUCCAAAGUUUGUUUCUAAAGACGAUGAAAUUCAAUAUUGGAUGGAUCUUGCUCAUCAGAUACAUAGAAGGAAAGAGGAUAUAGAAAGAGAAUUAGAGGAGUUUCAAGAAAAUUCACAAUUAUUAGAGAAGGAAUUGGAAGCAUCAUUAGAACAAGCAGAAAAAGCUAACAGAGAAUUACGACAACGAAAUACAAGACUAGCCACUGAGGUGGAACAAUUACGAACAAGAUUAGACCAACAAACUACAGAUUGUGUAAUGUUCCAAGGCAAAGCUCAAGAGUUGCAGACACAACAUGAUCAUUUAGUAAAAUAUAUAAGAGAAUUAGAACAAAAAAAUGACGAUUUGGAAAGAGCUCAUAGAAUAAAUGGAGUAACAGAAGAAGAAAUAAAAGCUAAACUUAAUUCUGCCAUAGAAAAGAUUGCUUUGUUAGAAUUAGAAAUUGAUGAAAUAGAAGCUCUAAAAGUUAUAGUACAGAGAUUAAUGGACGAAAAUAGAGACUUAAAACAGGAAAUUCAAGUUCAAGAAAGGCAUCAACCAGACAAUGAUAAAUCAGCUGAUCGAGUUCGUAACCAUGUUGAUAGUAAUAAACUACAAGUUGAAUUGGAAACACACAUGCCACCUAAUAGUCCAAUAGUACCACAAUCUAUACCUACAAAUAAUACAGCAACUUCACCAUUAAAAAUUGGAAACAGAGUUGUAACUGGGGGUGUAACUGGAAACAACAAUAAUAAUAAUGUGAAUUCAUCAUUGACACCAUGCACAAGAAUAUUAGCAAUGAAUAUGAUUGGUGACCUUAUGAGGAAAGUUGGUGCAUUGGAGAAUAAGUUAAACACAUGUCAAAAUUCAUCACGAGAAGAUCAAGCCGUCCGUGAUCUCUACAGGACUAGACGGCACGUUCGAGGUUUUGCCUCUGCCAACAGCAACCACAUUCAAUUAUAAACAACGGGUAAUAUUCCAACAAUAAAUUUUGUGCACUACACUCCUCCAUGUCUCUUAAUUCUUCUUACUCUAAUUUAAAUCUCA